AUAAGUAUGUUCAAUAUACCAAUAAGCUAAUUACAACAAAAUUUUCACCAACAGGUGCCCCCGAAGGAUGCUCCCGUCCAUAGAAAGAGAAAAGCAGCAACCUCAGAUGAUACAGGUGGCCCGAAAAGGGAACCCAUGCACAAGAUUGAUGGAGUGAAUGUUUUCCCUUACUUUCGCUUCAUCCCAUAAAGUGUCAGAGAUCGAUGUCUUGGUUGGUGGGACCCUGAUCCGGAUGGCGAUUGCGGAUUUUGGGCUCUUUCGCAUGCACUUCAUGGAGAUGAGGACCACCACUUGUGGGUGUGAAAGGCUAUUAUAGAUGAAGUCAUGUCGAUCCAACAAUGUAAGGACGCAUAUGAUGAUGUGGGUCUUGCUCUUACACAAUUACAAUGGAACAAGCCAGAGGGUACUACAAUGGAUCAUUGGAUGAAUGAGUUGGAUCUUGCCGUAGCUGCAACAUUAUUUAACUGGGUCAUAAUCCUCUACAGUCAAACCGACGAUACCAAAGAUGGGGUGACGAGACCCGUUCCAUUUGGAAAAACAUUUUUACCUAUGAUAGCCAAGUCGGGGGUAGCUCGCCCUAACUCCGGCUACCAAUGGGUGCGCCUUGACUUUGAGGAGGAUUCAAUACCAAUGCCUCCAUUCACCUUCUUGUAGACCCAUUUCCGAGACAAAAUGAGUACUCAAGGGUGGGAGCAGUUGUUCGAGGAUGAGUUAGCUCUUUACUUCGUACUUGGGGAUCAUCAUGACUAGUAGGAGAUAUUUGUAGUAGUAUUGGUAUAUAACGACAAUAGUUGUAAAUAAGAAGUAUUUUGUAACUCGU